UGAACAAAUUGUACUUAAUUUAACUUCCUUGUUCAAAUCUGCGUUGGUAAGGCAAACAAAAACCAUUCAUGUUUACAAGUGAGGUGUAAGAUAAUGGCUACCUCUGAAAAUAUCGUCGUUGAAUCGAGCGAAGAGGUUCAACCGGUAAUUGGAACAUUUGGUCCAAAACCAGUGGUAGCUAAAUGUCCUGAAUGUGAGGAAACCGGUGAAACGGACAUUUUCUAUGAACCAGGACUCUUUACGUACGGAUUAUGCUUGCUGUGUCUUUUUAUGGGAUUCUGGCUAGGGUGUUUCCUCUUCCCCUUCUGUAUAUCAAGUGCCAAAGACUGUGUACACAAGUGUUCCAGUUGUGGAACAGAGCUAGGAAGGUUCCGAAGAUAUGAGAAUGAAAUAAAGGAACCAUACACGUGAGUGGAGAGGAGGAAUGGCCAGAGACUCAGAGAUCAAAGAUUAGCAAGAAAGGCUAAUAUUGCAUUGUCAACUGAGUUAAAGAGCUUUGACACACAAGACAAUAGCUCUCAAUUUUGUCAGAUCAGGGAAUUUAAGUACAGUCAUGUAUUAUGUUAUGUGUGCCAAAUUGUUCCUGUUGCCACAGUCUUUCAUAUAUGAGUACAUGUACAUUUAUAAACAGUAUAAAGCUUUUAUGAAGUGUAUAUCGAGAGCUGCAUAAAAUUAAACUAAUAAAACUCUUGUGUA